CGCCAAAAAAGAGUGUUGACACGUCAGAACCUCAGACCUAUCGUGCGGCGAUAACAAAGAACGCCGACUGGUGGGCAUAUCGAUACCAUAUCACAAAUAACAAAAACACGUCACGUAAUCCGGACGGAGGCUGCUGGAAAAAUAGCAGGCGGUGAACCAGGGAAUCAAUCGAAUCCAGCAGGCAAUACCAAAAAGCAAAUAGGAACCAUGAACACACAAAUCGUUGUAUUUGUGGUGGCUCUGAUGAUGCACUGCAUCUCUGCCGUGGAAUUCACGUUCGAUUUGGCCGAUAACGCGGAGGAUUGCUUCUACGAGGAGAUCAAGAAGAAUUCAAGCGCCUACUUCGAGUUCCAAGUGUCGGCCGGUGGCCAAUUGGAUGUGGACGUCACCCUGAAGGAUCCGCAGGGCAAGGUCAUCUACAAACUGGAAAAGGCCACCUUUGACAGUCAUCAGUUUGUCGCCGAGACAACGGGCGUGUAUACCGCCUGCUUUGGCAAUCAAUUCUCGGCUUUCUCGCACAAGAUCGUCUACGUGGACUUCCAAGUGGGCGACGAGCCGGCUCUGCCUGGUGUGGAUGAACAUGCCACGGUGCUCACACAAAUGGAGACAUCGUCGCAGGCGAUUCACAAGGGCCUCAACGAUAUCCUGGACGCCCAGACGCAUCAUCGUCUGAGGGAGGCGCAAGGUCGCAAGCGGGCCGAAGACCUCAACCAGCGGGUUAUGGUCUGGUCUUCCCUGGAGACGGCCGCCGUCAUCCUGAUCGGUCUCGUCCAGAUUAUGGUGCUGAGGAACUUCUUUACGGACCGAAAGCCCAGCCAGGCGCACUACGGGCGGCUCUAGAGGAUCGGGCUUCAUGUUGGGAUCUAGCUUAGUUCAGAGCCCUUGAAAGGAGAGGGUGUCCCCCCAAACAACAAUCCCCAACAGUCCAAAUCCCACGAAAUGUUGUCAAUCUCGUCUUAGCCACAACGUAUUCAUUCCCCCCCUCAAGGGCGUUUCUUUUUUGGGAAAAAAACCCCUAACGACAUGUAAUAUUUUUUCGUUAAGACCCCACCCGGUAAAACAGAGAAUGUUUUUUUUUUUAAAUACAUAAAAAAGCAACCACAAAUCGAUAGCUAAAGGUAUUCACAAAGCGUUUCAAUAGGGGAGGGGUCAUUGGGGCGUGAAUCUCGCCCAGAAGCAAGAAAAUCGGACAUUGAAAGAUAAAAUAUUUCGCGCAGUAAAAGUAUCUAUCUAUAUUUAUUCUAAUCUAAACACCAAAUCGACUGAAUUUUCAUAAGACUCUGUUUUAUUAAGAUAUCCCAGUUCAGAUGGCGUGGCCUGUAUAAAACGUCACGGAUAUAGCUAAGAUUUGUACGUAUAUAUCUUUCAAAAUUCAGCUGAGUCAAUAGAAAAGUAAUUUAGCUGCUUGGGGAAGUAUGUGGUAUUAGAAAAUGUACUUUAAUUGUGCUCUGUGAAGCAUAUUUUAAGUUUUACCCUUUGUAAAAGAAAUCAAUAUAGGUAUGACAUCAAAUUGAAUAGAUACAAAGAUACAAAAUGAAUAAAGCAGCCACGAAUAUGAUAA